UGUCAAUGUCAGUUGGUCCAGUUUCCAACAAAGGAUAUAGGUACCUAUAAAAAGUUUUUGGUGAUUCUUAUCUGAUUAGUCAAUGGCUUAACAAGUUAACACGUCGGCAAAGUGAAGUUUAAAUAUGUCGCGACUUGAUAAUAUAGAAGCCUUGGAACAACAGUUAGCUGAAUUGCAGGUGAAUAAAGAUCUUAAUUCUCCAGGAAGAAUCAAAAAGAUACCACCAGCUGUGCCGCCAAAAAAGAAGGCUCAACCACAAGUUCCACAUAGUGCUGUGGUAAAUAAAGUAUGUGAGCCAUCAUACUCUUUGAAAAUAUCGUCAUUAACCAACAACGAGGUUCCGCCACCACCACCGCCGCCACCACCGACUUACAACAAUGUAUUACGACAUGCCAAUCACGUCCAUACUCAUAAAGAUUAUGCUAAUGUAACUCAACUCUCCCUCCCCAAUGUUUCAUUUAAAAAUAAUGUUCCAUUACCAUCUAAAGUUUAUAACCCUACCUACAGUAAUAUACCGCCAUAUCAAACUUCGAAUCCGCCUCCACCACCACCUAUCAACAUGACUCAAUUAAAAAGUUAUGAUCCCAAUCAUAACCAUGAAGAAUAUUUACCACCUCCUUCACCUGUCAGCUCUAAUUAUAGCGAGCUUGCUAGAGCCACGGCGAACAUAAACUUCAAUCAAGAGAGACCUACAUAUCCCCCAAUCUAUCAAAAUGAUUAUCCUGAGUAUGGGGUGUCUCAGGCUUCCACCUAUGAAUCACUUUAUGAGCCUAUCAGUCCUCAUCCAAACAAUAAGUCAUCUUCUGCAAAUACCACUCCUACUUUUAAAAAUAAUUUAAUUAAAACGGGAAAAUCACCAUUACCAAAGGAACAGGAAGUGGAUGCCCUUACAGAUCUUCUUGUUCAGUCUAUAUCGGAUAGCCAAGAUUUGGAUGUAUUUGGGAUGUGUGUUAAAUGCAAUCAGAAAGUUGUUGGUGAGAGUUCAGGGUGCACAGCAAUGGGAAAUAUGUACCAUGUUCAGUGUUUCCGCUGUGAACACUGCAAUACAAAUUUGCAGGGUAAUCCAUUUUAUGAUGUUGAUGGCCAGCCAUAUUGUGAAGCUGAUUAUUAUGAAACCUUGGAGAAAUGCUCAGUAUGCAAUAAACCAAUUUUGGACAGAAUCCUUAGAGCAACUGGCAAGCCUUACCAUCCAACUUGCUUUACUUGUAUUGUAUGUGGCAAAAGUCUUGAUGGCAUUCCGUUUACUGUGGACGCAAUGAACCAGAUUCACUGUAUUGAAGAUUUUCAUAAGAAAUUUGCCCCCCGUUGUUGUGUGUGUGAGCUGCCCAUAAUGCCAGAAGGAGGGGAAGAGGAGACAGUUCGAGUUGUGGCUUUGGAUCGCAAUUUCCAUGUACGCUGCUAUAGAUGUGAGGAUUGUGGCCUCCUGUUAUCAUCUGAAUCUGAAGGUAGAGGCUGCUACCCUCUUGAUGGCCAUAUUCUAUGUAAAGCAUGCAAUGCACACCGCAUCCGUCUUUUAACAAAUGUGAUGACUACUGAUCUGUAGUUAGCUACUACUCUUGAAAAAUUUAUAUUUGGAGUUUUUUUAUAUAUUUCUACUAUACUAUUCUACUAUAUAUACAUAUUUCUACAAUACUUAUUUAUAGCUGUAAGUGGAUUGAGAUGUAAUAUAAAUAAGUAUUUACAUUAAAAAGUCAUUAUUUAUAGAUUGUAAUGCCUGUCCUUUUAUGAUGGCAGCUAAGGUUGUUCAAAGUCAUGUGACAUUUAUAUUUAUAAAUAAUAUAUUAAAUUAUUGAUUAUUUAGAUGACAUUGUAUUACGAAGAAAAGGCUGUUGAUAUUUAUAGGUUGAAUCAAAAUUGAUGAGCGUGAUAUAUUGAUAUGAAUGCCAAAAUUAUAAAAUUGCAUUUCAAUGCUUAAUCUAUUUUAUACACAUUUUUUAAAUUGUAGUUAUAGGCAUAUUUUAUGACUUUAUACACUUAUUUAGUAGGUUUUAUUAAUAAAGUAAUAUAAAGUUUGUA